UUUGCAGCUCAGGGGCCCAGUGACACUCUGGAGAACCCAGUGCUGGAUACAAGUCUGCUGGAGGAAUUCUUGGGCAAUGAUUUUGAUCUGGGGAUCUUGCAGCAGCAGCUCCCCGAUACUCCACCCUAUUCGGCCUCAGACUCCUGUUCUCCUCCACAGAUGCAAGGUGCUUGCUGCCCGGCCAUGAGACCCGAAGCCACAGCCGGGAGGCCUCCAGUUACUUCUCUCCACUCUGCAGCUGCUGCGGGGAUGCUCCCUGCACACCUGCCGCAGAGCUCCAGUGAAAUGAGCAGCUCUGCCCACAGCCUCGGCAGCUCUCGCCACUGCUACCCCAACACCAGUCAUCUUCCAACCCCCCCGGACCGAUGCAUGUCCUCCCAUCCGGAGAUAAGCCGUCCUUACCAUCAGCAGCCUCUGUGCCCCAGCCCUGGGUAAAGGGCAACAUAUUUAGUUAUAAAAGACCUCAGAGCAGCCAGCACCCCACGCAGUGCCGGUAAAGCAUGAAUCAUAGAGUUCUCUCCAGGAGAUGGCGGUGUUGAGACAUAUAUCAGACACAGGAAGCUCU